GCGCAAGGGCCGGCCGCGUGGCCGGAUGGUUCCGUCGUGGCUGGGGCGCGUCGUGGAGGUGGCCGGCGCUGGGGUGGUCAGCUACCUGUCGCGCUGCCCGCCUUGCCCCGCGCUCCCUGCCCCGGCGAGCUGCAACGUGAGCCUUGUGUGCCCGAGUAUCCCACCUUGCCCGGCCCUGCCCAACGUGUUGGGCGGGCCGCAGUGGGCCCAGGCGCCGCCGCCGGGGCCGACGUGCGGGGCCUGCCCCCCGCCACCGACCUGCCCGGGGGAGCAGGUGUGCCGCUGCUGGACGCUCAGCUUCUCUCUGUUCCUCGUGGGGGUGCUCGUGGGGGCGCUGGUCACGAGCGGGCUGGGGAUGGCGACCACCCAGUGGGUAUACGUUUGGUACGCAGGCGAGAACAAGUGGCACCAGCACCUUAAUCUAGGCAGGAUCGCGCUGAGUCGGAGCGAUCACGUGAUCUACACGGCCGACGGGGACAUGUACAUCAUCCAGGUGCAGGACAACCCGGACAUCCAGGCGACGAGGUUCGGCACCUACGGCACGCCCCCCGUCGGCCUGCGGCGGGCCGACAUCUACGGCUUCAGGCAGGAGCCCACUCAGGCCGAGGUCCGCCAGCUGGUGGUCGAGGCCGAGGAGGUGGCGGGUCAGGAGUGCCGGCGCCGGGCCGAGCUCAUCGGGGACUUGCAGGUGCUGCGCGGGCUGAAGGUGCUGGUCCCCCCUGGCGGCGCCGCCGCUGCGGGCCCGGCGGCGCCGCCGCCUGGCCCCGCCGUAGGGCUGCUGCGUGGCCGCGCCGCUGCCGCCGGGGGUGCGCCUCGGACGGGCGGGGUGGCCGACGUGGCCGACGGCGUGUGGCGUGUGGCCGCAUGCGUUGGCGACUUCAGGGUGGGCGACGAGAUCGUGGAGCACGUGCCGACGCCCUCUCGCGUCGGUGAUCGGGACCUGCACCUGCUGCCGUCGGGCGAGGCCCUCUUCGUGGAGUUCGUCACCUCGGCGGCUCUGCCGGGGUUCUUGCAGCGUGCCGUGGGGGCCGACGCGAGGAUCCUGCCGGAGUUCGACGCCUCCGACUGGGGGCUUCCUGGCCCCCGCACCGCCGACUGGUGUAUGGACUACAUCUUGAACGAGGGCCUCGGGAUCGAGGGCCACCACGAGCACUUCCGCUCGAUCUGCAAGCUGGCGGCCUCGGACUGGGGCGUGCAGGAGCACUACCAGCUCAGCCUGCAGCUCAAGCAGCCCCUCUGCAUCGACAUGCUGGAUGACUCGAACUUGGUCUCGGUGGAGACGAAGUUCAGGAGGAUGCAGACGAUCGAGUUCGCCCACUGGGACAAGGCGAAGGAUCAGGAGAGCAAGGGGAUUGGCGGCAAGCUGUCUUUGGAGGAGCAGGCCGCGUUCUCGGGCGUCACCCGCGCCCACACCGCCAUCAUGAUCUGCCCGGACCUCAUCGAGCACGUCCGGGCGGAACUCGAGCGGGAGGGGAAGCUGAACAAGAACCUGCGCCUGGCACGCGAGGAACGCGAGUCCAGCGUCAGCGGGGAGAGGCUUUUCGAGGGUUUAGCCGCGUCGUUCAGCAACGACACCUUCGGCGCCCUGUCGCUGGCCCAGCGCCAGUGCCUGGCGCACAUCAGCAGCUCCGUGGAGGAACUUGGUGCACCUCCGCGAGAUCUGUCUCCCGCAGAAGCGCUACGGCAGCUUCGCGUGGCCGGGGGCGGCUACAGCGUCGAGGAGUCGCCCCUCGGAAGCUAUGACCCCGCGCUCGUCUCCUUGCCGGACGGGAAGGUGCCUCCAGUGCCGCUCUCGGACGUGUGGGGCGAUGGCGGGAUAUCCAAGGUCGAGCUUUUUGUUCAGCAGAGCCUGCUGCCGGCUGACGUGGCGGCCGCUCGACUGGACGCAUGCUCUGUCAAGACGCCCUACUCUGAUCCUCGGCUGAGGAUGGUGAUCGACUGCAGGCGCAGCAACGUCGUGUUCGCCGACCCCGCGCCUGUCGUCCUGCCCACGGGGGACUCGUUCGCCGCCCUCGAGCUGGACGACCCCGAGGGCAUCCUGAACGUGAAGGGCGUCGACCUGAAGGACGCUUUCUACCACCUCGAGCUGCCCAUCGAGCUCAGGAGGUACUUCGUGAUGCGGCCCGUCUUGGCGGGCUCCGUCGGUGUCUCCAGCCUCGGGGGAUGCCAGGUCGCGCCAACGGCCAAGCUCUUCCCUAGGCUGAAGGUGGUGCCGAUGGGCUGGUCGUGGGCGCUGUGGUGGUGCCAGUCCAUCAUGGAGCGCAUCGCGGAGCAGUCGGGCUGCCCUGAGGCGCAGCGGCUGCACGACGGGCGCCCCGCGCCCGGCCUCGGCGAGUUCGGGCACCUCCAGUACGUGGACAACUUCGUCAGCCUCGGCUACGAUCGUGGCGCCGUCCGCGCGGCGGUGGCGCGAGUGGCGGCCGAGCUGGAGCGUCGCAGCCUGGUGGUCACGCUCGAGGAUCACGCUGGGGAGCACGAGGGCACCUUCAACGUCCUGGGCUGGGACAUCGCCGCCUCGGGGAGGCUGUCCGCCUCGGGGAGUCGCCUGUGGCGUGCGCGGCUCGCUGUCAGGUGCCUUCUCAGGCGAGGCCGCUGCUGCGGGGCGGAUGUCGAGCGCAUCUUGGGCCAUCUAAUCUUCAUCACGCUCGUGCGGCGCGAGGGCCUCGCGCUCUUCGAGGCCUGCUUCAGGUUCGUGCAGACCUCGUACCACGUGGAGGCCCCGCUCCCGGGCGGCGUCCGGACCGAGCUCGCGGUGUGGGAUGGGCUGGCGCCCCUCCUCUGGCGGGACCUGAAGGCGGGCUGGUCGAUGGACGUGGGCGCGGUCGACGCGUCGCCGUGGGGCCUGGGCGCCUGUCAGUCCACCUGGGCUCCCGAGGCGGUCAAGUCCGUCGGGCGCUACUGCGAGCGGUGGCGCUUCGGGCAGGCGGAGAGGCUCCCGCCGCGGCGCCGCGCUCUGGCAGCCAGCCAGCGGGCGCUGGGCCAGGCCAUCGCUGCUGAGGUGAGUGACCCCGCCGCCGGCGGCCCUGGGCUCGUUGCCUUCGCGUCGGCUGCUGACGGCCUGCCAGCCGAGCCCGUCGGCCCGCCUUUGGAGCGCGACCUAGCUGAGUUCCCCGAGGUCCCAAAACGGCUCCUCGAGCGCUCGGCUUGGACUGUCACGGGAAGGAGGAAGUGGGACCGUUCAGAACCGAUGCCCAUCCUUGAAGCCAGAGCGGUUCACUACCACCUUCGUCACGCUCUUCGGAAUGCAAACAAUCAUGGCAAGAAGAUCCUGGUGCUAGGAGAUUCUCUGACGGCUGUCGCCGCCUCGUCCCGCAUGCGAGCUCACUCACACGCAAUGCUUCGGGUCAUGCAACGCAUCUCUGCCCUGUCCUUGGCUUCCGGGUCCUACCUGUGCGUGAGGUGGGUGACCACAGAGUUCAAUGUGGCCGACGGGCCCUCGAGGGGAAGGGGAUCUCCAACAAAGCCUACAGACAUCAUUCUUGACAAGCACGACCCCGCAAAGCACGACAUCAAUAGCAAGCACGAGUGCAGCAUCAUCAGCACAGGUAAGCACGACAUUACCGACAUGCCCAACAUCAGCAAGAUUGGCAAGCACGACAUCAGCAAGCACGACAUCAGCAAGCAGUGCUUCACCGACAAGCACGACAUCAGCAAGAUAGGCAAGCACGGCAGCAGCACGCAUGAGCCCGACAUCAGCACGUACGUUCCUUCGCGUCGCCGUUUUGGUUCAUGCUGUCCAGCUUCGUCGCCUUCGUCCUGCGAGAGCCCGCCCCCACUGCCUGGGCAGAGAGAGUGCGACCGGCAUGCUGGGGCGGGCUCGCCGCCGGAGUCGGUCGCCGCGGAGCCAGCCUUCGUCGACCUCGGCAGCCUCGCGACCGGGCCCCCCGGUCUGGCCGGGCCGCCGCGCUGCUCGCCAGGCCGCGCCUGCCGCGCGGACCGCGCCGGGCCCUCUGCAGGGCGUGAGGCGCAGGUGCGGCCUCCGCCGGGCGUGCAGGUGCUCAACGCCGCCGCGGUGCGCACGGCGAGGGGCAGGGAGGCCUACCAGGUGCUGUACACCGCGUUCGUGACCUGGGCCAGGAGCCAGCGGAUGGCGCUGUCCUCGGCCGCGGACGUCGACAAGGCGGCGGUAGGCUACCUGCACGUGAUGUUCAACGAGGGGAAGCACCUGACCUACGCCAACCGCCUCAUCGCGGCCAUCGCCUGGAUGCGGCCCGAGUUCAGUCGGCACGGCCAGCUCCGCCUCCCGCAGGCGAAGCAGGCUGCUGCGGGCUGGAAAAACCUGGCGCCGCCGAAGAGCCGCCAGGCGCUGCCGAUCGAGGUGGUCUUCCUGAUCGUCAACUGGCUUCUCCUCCAGCGGUCCUACGAGGCUGCGCUGGCGGUGUGGCUGCUGUUCGAGAUCUACGGUCGGCCGGGCGAGAUUCACAAGCUGCGAGCCGUGGACCUCGUGCCGCCGCUGAUGUCGCGCGGCGCGGCCCACCGCUUCUGGAGCCUGACGCUCCACGCGGCCGAGGUGGGCGACGUCUCCAAGACGAACGAGUUCGACAACUCAGUGCGUCUCGACCUGCCUCGUCAUCAGCGGUUGGCAGCGAGCCUGGACUGGAUGCUGGCUCGCCGGUGGGGCGCGGGCUGGAGGGCGAGUGCCGUCGCCCGAGAGGGCGGGGCCGCAGGCUUGCCCGGCUCGCUCUUCCGCAUCUCGCCCGCGGACGUGUCCCAGGAGUUCAGGCGGGCGGUGACCGCCCUCGGCCUCCGCCGCCUCGGCGCCGUGCACCUGUACCAGCUACGGCACGCCGGGCCGUCUCACGACUCCGCGGCCUCCUGCCGAACGCUGGAAGAGAUACGCCGCCGUGGCCGGUGGCGCACCUGGAGCAGCGUGCGCCGCUACGAGAAGGGCAGCCGUCUCACAGAAGUGCUGCAUCGUCUACCCCUCUGGCUGCAGCGACACGGAGGUGCCUGCGUCGAACACCUGAGCCGACCCGUGUUCGAGGUGCCCUCACCUUUGCCGCAGCCCGUCUGA